AUGGUGAAGAAGUUGAUGUUAUUCGUGAUGGUGGCGGUUGGGCUGAAGAUGGCGAUGGUGUCUGCAACAAACAAAAUAGAGAUCAAUGAAGAUGAUUUAGCCAAGUUUAAAGAUCUAAUUAGAGAAAUUUUACCGGAGAUCACUUUUACUGAUGAAGAAUAUCGAGAGUUUUACGACCUGCUUCAAGGUAUACUGGAUGACUCUAAUACCAGGAAGAGGUCAGCUGAAAAUUCCGUAUCGGCUGACGAUUCCGAACUAGCUGACGAUCCCGAAUUAGCUGAAAAUUCCGUAUCAGCUGACAAAACAGAUUUCGAAACAGCUGACGAAAAUGCAGCCUUUGAAAUCCAGCUUGCUUAUGAGGCGUUUGAAGAGGUCAUGGAAGAAUUCUUCAAGAGUGAGAUUUCCGUUGAUGAGCAGAAAAUUGAUGAACUCUUCACCAAAAUGAUUCAACUUUACGAAGAUCUUGCAGAGGAUGUGAGCAGUGAUGACGAUAAAUCCGGAAGUGAGAAUGAGGAAUAUUUCGGAAGUGGUAAGGAAGAGGAUCCUGAAAGAAGUGAUUAG